AUGAUAGAUCUUUUCGGUCUAGACUGGAGGCUGGAGAGUCGACCUAGCGAACAUCCAAAUGGGAGGAAGUGGGGCGGUUUGAAACGGGGUGCCAACGGAGUGUACGAGGGACCCAAGAAGGCGGCCACACAGUUGGAGACAGAAUGUCACUCUGCCCUUCUCUCUCUCUUCUUCUGUCAUCUCUGGCAGAGGAGAAUUUGCAUUCACAAGCACCGUUUUAAGGACUGUCUAGCCCUUCAGUCAAGUAAACAACUCCUUUCAAAUCAGUCCUAUCCGGGGCUGCUGCUAGACGUUGGUCUGAGGGGCCAGGUGACACGUGUUCAACUGGACGACCUCUGCCCAUCUCCCCUUCAGUUGAUAUGA